UGAUAUUGUUAUUAUAUGUUUUAAUAUUUUAAUUUUUAUUACGGAUUUUACUCCCGAAAUUCUAAAAAAAAUAAUUAUUAUUUCAUUCCAUCUGAAAUAUUCAAUUUUUUUAAAUAAAAAAAGCAAACAUUUGUAAUAAACAUCAUAUAAUUCUUCUUCACUAUGGAACUUCAAGACAUAUAUUACAACAAAACUGAAUAUGUUGAAACUGCUUCAGGGAAUAAAGUGAGCAGACAGACAGUUCUUUGCGGAUCACAAAACAUAAUAUUGCAUGGCAAAGUUAUAGUACAAAGUGAUGCAAUCAUACGUGGAGACUUAGCAAACGUGAAAACAGGAAGAUUUUGUAUCAUUAGCAAAGGAUCUGUUAUACGACCGCCUUUCAAGAAAUUCAGUAAAGGUGUUGCAUUUUUCCCACUCCAAAUGGGAGAUCAUGUAUUUGUUGGUGAGAAUACAGUUGUAAAUGCUGCUGUUGUUGGCUCAUAUGUUUACAUUGGAAAAAAUGUUGUUAUUGGUAGAAGGUGUGUAUUGAAGGAUUGUUGCAUGAUUGAAGACAACUCUGUCCUCCCAGCUGAGACAGUUGUGCCUUCAUUUGCAAGAUAUUCCGGCAGCCCAGCGCGAUUAAUUACUACAUUACCAGAAGCUAUGCCAGAUCUCAUGACUGAAUUCACUAAGAGUUAUUACCAGCAUUUUUUACCAACCACUGUAAAUUAGUUUAAAGAAAUAUUUAUUUGUUUAUUUUUAAUAAUUUAAUAGUGCUCUAAGAAUGUAAAAAUUCACACCUAAUAUAUCUCAGUAACUGUUUU